AUGGCAGCCAAACAGCCAGGAAACGAAAAACAAAAAAACGGUAAAAAAAAAGGGGCCUGAAACGUUUCGAAGGUAUAGCAUUUCAUCACUUUGCACUAAGCUGCACUCGCUAUCAUCAAGUUUAUUGCCCUUUGGCCUCAUUCUCUUGGAGAACCUGGCACACCAAAUAGCCUCACAUCUAUUUUCUAUGAUCUUUGAGUAAAUGGCAUCAUCAGCUUUCACCAGGACUCUAUUGGGUUCCCGCUUGAUUCACUCGGCGCUCUCAUCCUCACGCAAAACCCAAAUCUUUACCUCUCUCUUUAAUAAGAGACCAUUUCACAUACGAGCUGAUCCUGUCGAUGCAUCAUAUAAGACAUCUGGUCGUGCUCCUCGAGUCAUGGCUUCCUCUGUGAUUGGUUCAAAAGCUCUUUUUUCUGCACAAUCUUUAUCUACCAAUGAACCCGUUGUAUCUGUUGAUUGGCUUCAUGCAAAUCUCACGGAGCCUGAUAUGAAGGUGUUGGAUGCUUCAUGGUAUAUGCCAGAUGAAAAGAGGAAUCCAAUUCAAGAGUAUCAGGUUGCUCACAUUCCUGGUGCCCUUUUCUUUGAUGUAGAUGGGAUAUCAGAUCGAUCAACAAAUUUGCCACAUAUGUUGCCCUCCGAGGAAGCUUUUGCAGCUGCUGUUUCUGCUCUUGGAAUUGAGAAUAAGGAUGGAUUGGUUGUUUAUGAUGGCAAGGGGAUUUUCAGUGCAGCUCGUGUCUGGUGGAUGUUCCGAGUCUUUGGGCAUGACAAAGUUUGGGUGUUGGAUGGAGGCCUGCCAAGAUGGCGUGCAUCAGGUUAUGAUGUUGAAUCUAGUGCUUCUGGUGAUGCCAUCUUGAAAGCUAGUGCUGCCAGUGAGGCAAUAGAAAAAGUAUAUCAAGGCCAGGCAGUUGGACCAAUAACAUUUCAGACAAAGUUUCAGCCACAUCUUGUUUGGACUCUUGAGCAGGUUAAGAGAAACAUUGAGGACAAGUCUCACCAACAGAUAGAUGCUCGUUCAAAGGCCAGAUUUGACGGAGCAGCACCAGAGCCUCGAAAGGGAAUAAGAAGCGGUCAUGUACCUGGCAGCAAGUGCAUUCCUUUUCCUCAUAUGUUAGAUGCUUCACAGACACUCUUACCAGCAGAUGAACUUAAGAAACGGUUUGAUCAAGAAGGCAUCUCUCUGGAAAGCCCUGUUGUUACUUCUUGUGGGACUGGUGUAACUGCUUGCAUUCUCGCUUUGUGUAUUCAGGGUCUGCAUCGACUUGGGAACCGAGAUGUUGCAGUCUAUGAUGGAUCAUGGACUGAAUGGGGAGCUCAUACUGAUACACCUAUUACCUCUUCAUAAAUCUGGAAGCUUGGCAGCAAUACGAUGGAUCAUGGACUUAAUGGCAUGAGGCUACGAUUCUCUGAUUGUGACAAAAGAGUUUGUAUCUAAAACACUUGGAUGACAAGAUUGCCAAAUUUUCAAAUCAUUUUUUAGUUGCACUUACUGUCAUGUGAAAAUUUCAUCAUCAUAACCCCAUGUAUCAGAAAACAUUGGCAUCAAAUUAUGAAACAUUUUAUAAA